UUUCUGCAUUCGAAUGGAACCUACCACUCUCUACGCUCAUCUCUGAUAUGCAUAUCGAUAUCCGCGCCCUUUGGACAAGUACUUUACCUCUUCUCGGCCUCCGUGAUUUGCCAUAUCCAUACGGAAACCCAUACGUUCCUCCAUACGGCCAUCCAUAUCAUCCACCAACACGCACUUCGACUCCCAGUACGAGGACAAGCAGUACAACUCCCUUCACUCCAUCUUCUUCUACAACUUCCACAACAACCCCUGUUAUCCCAUCAACUACUCCUUCCUCCACCCGAGUCUCAUCCACUUCUACACCCAUCUCCUCCACUUCAACGCCAGUCAUCCCCUCGUCCACAGCUUCUCCAACCCUCCCAUCAUCAACACUCAUUACUACCACCACCACAAUGCGUUUCCUCUCCAGCACCCUCACGUCGACGCUCACCGUCUUCGUUACUAUCACCUCUGCCCUACCCCAAGAAGAUGUGAUCCCUAGUGCUAUCGAAGGCCUGUCCGAUUGUGCCCAGGGAGUGCUCUUCCCUCUGCUCGCCAACAGCCAAUGCAACCCUGCCGACUUCCCUUGCAUUUGCGUCGAGCUCACCCGCCUUCAGGCCGAAGCAGCCGUGGACGCUACUUGCACUGAUGACGAUGUCGACCAGUUCCUCGACUUCCAAGCCGGCCAAUGCGGCACCCAGGCCGCGCAAAACCUCCCACCCCCAGCCGUGAUCGCAAACGUAACAAACGGCACAAAAACAACCACCAUCCCCGUGAUCCCCCUCACAACCUCGAAUGCCACGAUCCCGGUCGGCAACGGCUCCGUCGUGCCUCCCCCCGCGCCCGUCACCCUCGUGCUGCCCACCGUUGGUCCCAGCGGCGAGCCAGCAACUUACACUACGGAAGUGUAUGGCGAGCCCGAGGCUACUGCUGCACCUACUUUUGAGGGUGCAGGUGUGGGGUCGAGAAUUGGAUGGGGUGGUGCUGCUGCUGGGUUGGUUGGGCUCAUGGGGAUUGUCUUUGCUGAGUUGUGA